CAAGAAGACCUGGAGCAGUGUGGUCUGGAUGUGACAGAGGCCUCGGUGUACUCAGGAGUUUGUACAGAGAUCUUCAAAAGAGAGUGUGUGAUCUUCCAGAAAGCAGUCUACUGCUUUGUUCAUCUGAGCAUUCAGGAGUUUCUGGCUGCUGUCUACAUGUUCCACUGUUUCACUAACAGGAAGACGGAGGUGCUGGAGGACUUCCUGGAAGAUGAAAUGAAUGAAGAGGAGGAAGAUGAUGAUGAGGAUUAUGAUGAAGACUUGUAUUACACAUCUGUAGCUGACUUUUUGCACAUGGGCCUAAACAAAUCUCUUCAAAGUAAAAAUGGCCACCUGGACCUGUUUGUUCGCUUCCUGUAUGGCCUAUGUCUGGAGUCCAACCAAAUAAUAUUAUGUGGUCUGCUGGGUCAGACAGAGAACAGUCCAGAAGUUAUUGAGAGAAUCAUUAACAACUUGAAGGAGAUGAAAGCUAAGUUUAUUUCUCCUGACAGAAUCAUCAACAUCUUCCACUGUCUGAUGGAGAUGAAUGACCUCUCAGUACAUCAGGAAAUCUUGGAUUUCCUAAAGUCAGAGAACAGAUCAGAGAAGAAACUCUCUGAGAUCCACUGCUCAGCUCUGGCCUACAUGCUACAGAUGACAGAGGAGGUUCUGGAUGAGUUUGACCUGGAUGAAUACAACACAUCAUGGGAGGGUAGACUAAGGCUUAUUCCGGCUGUGAGAAACUGCAGGAAGGCUCGGUGAGUCCAGAUGUUAAUAUCGUCCUAAAAACUGUAAAGAUGCCAUCAGCUGUCUGAUAUAUACUCUAAGGUCUAGAAGUAUGUGAAUGGUGACACAACUUUAUAGUUUGUUCUCUUCACACUAAAUUUAUUUAAAAUGAAAAUAGUGUGAUAAUUUCAGAUUCUGAGCUUUAAUUUGAAGUUUCAACAAAAACGUUGAAAAGUUUUUUUGGUCAUUUUCAUACAAAAUCUUCUUUUCUUAAUGGUAAAUAAGGAAUUUUGUUAAAGCUCUUUGGAAUAAUUGAAAUCUGAACCUGUGGAGUAUAGAAUGGAUUUCCUCCUUCCUUUGGUUUGCUCUUCAGCCGUGACAUGCAGCUGCAUAGGCUUCACAUAAACGGGUUUUAUAUUCCUCCUGGGUCUGUUGAGUUUACACAAUAUUUUAGAUCACUGUCUAUGUGUCUUGUGAAGCUUUGGUACAUGUUAGUGACUGGGAGAGUAAUAUCUUCCUGUACAUCUGACAGUAGGGCUGGGCCAUAUUGUACCGUUCACGGUAAUACCGAUACAAUGUUAGGCAACGAUAAGAAAAUGAAAUAUCGCGAUAGAAUAUGGGUAAAACGCGC